AUGACGAGUGAAAAUAACAUUAGCGAAAUAGCUGAACUUUCAAAGAAUGCAUCUAAUAUUUAUUCCCAAAAAUUUGCGGAUUCAUCAAAAGCUGACAGUGGUAUUGGCACAACAUAUUUCACUACAUCUUCUGGAUCUUCAUCAAACAAUACCAGUCCUGAAUCAGACAAGGAAUUAUUACUUCUACAAAAUGGAAAGACACCAAAACAGUUGCCGAAAUCGAAAAUUGAUGCCACAUCAACACCAGCAACACAAAUUAAACGUCAUAAACCGGAAAAUGUGAAAUAUCAAAGGCAGCUGAAAACAAGAGACGGGAUUAGUGACAGUACAUUGUGCUGUAAUACAUCACUGAAUCUGACAGAUGACCUGAGUACUACAGUAAAUAUGUCACCCUCAUCAUCCAGGAUUUUUAACAUCGAUGAACAAGAAAAACAGUUUCCGGCAAGAAAUUUACAAUUGGAAUUGGCUUCUUAUACACCACCUCCAUCUGACCAGAAAGAGGAGAAUAAAGCCGUUAAAACCAGAAAGCAGUCUGCCGUCUCGAUGAAAUUAAAUCUACGUAUAGCCGAUUUAAUUGAUACAUCAGAAACAAAUGAAUUGAAAAUGUCUAUUCCACCGAAUACAACAUCAAAUGACAUGGGAGUGGUGAUGAGUGGAAGACGACGACAACGGCGUAUGCAUACAUGUGAACACUGUGAUAAGCAAUUCGAUCGACCGUCUCUACUAAAACGUCAUACGCUAACACAUACAGGUGAGCGCCCAUUUGAAUGCAAAUAUUGUUCGAAGGGAUUUUCUACACGAAGUGGUGUGAAUACACACGAAAGAACACAUACAGGACAACGACCAUAUGUUUGUCGUAUAUGUGGAAGGCGUUUCGCAGCUGGUUCGAACCUAAUAUUUCAUAAAUAUACACACACAAAUACACGAAGGCAUGUUUGUAGUCAGUGUCCCAAAGCAUUUGUCACACCAGGCGACUUAAGAAAACAUGAGUAUACACACAACGGGGAAUGGCCAUUCCGCUGCCAAUUAUGUGACCGUGGUUUCGCAACGGAACGUAAUUUAAAGUCCCAUGAGGUCACUCAUACAGGUCGAAAACCGCAUACAUGCACUGUGUGCGGCAAAGGUUAUGCCCAAGAAAGUUCAAUGAAAACACAUAUGCGUACUCAUCAAAAAGAAAAUCACGUUACACCAAAAAGUAAAAGAACUUCAGGUAUCUUGAACACUAGAAAUGAAUUAUCCUCUAAUUCCCCCAAAACGGCAGAAACUCAUUUACAAAACAAAAAGCUUUCGAGAAAUGUCAGAGCAAAAUUUUCAGAGGAAAGUGGUGUAAUAAACUGUUCCAGAAACGAAAGUGUAGUUGCUACUCCCGAUGCAUACCAGUCGUUUAAAAUCUCAGCACCACAAACUCAGACCUACUCAGAGCAGUAUGCCUCUGCAUUCUCUGCACCUAAACGUCGGACAAAUCAAAUUCAAGAGGUUAAUUUUCAAAAUGUGUCGACUCCCCCUAAUCAUUCUUCAAUAUAUUCAGUACAACCUCAACUUCCAGUUGCUACAAUGUCUUCUACACUAACGUCCUACCCGACCGAUUCACCUUCAUUUAAUCAAUUAUCGCAGCUUUAUGAAAGAUAUCAAAUACUGUACAACUAUUAUAUGAAGGCGAUGAAUGUGGGAUCCACGGGGCAAAUGAAUGUUCAGCAGAACCCCAUUCUACAGAAUAUCCCCAUCAUCGCGCCUGCACAGAACGAAACUCUUCUAACGCCAACAUGUUUAUAUCCCCCAAAUAUGAAUCCUAUUAAUCAACCGUUCAUGUGCGAAUCCAACUUAUCAGCGCUACCUCAACAGUCUCCUCAUGCUUCGUUAGUGAAUCAAUCUGAUCUAAUGAACAUUUCCCAUUAUAAUUCUACGUGGUCACCUAACUCAAUCAAUCCAUACAAUCAUAACGCCGAAAUGAGCAGUACUUUCUUCAGUCAUAAUGCAUUUAACGAUUCACAGUUCACUGUCAAUAAACCAACAUAUUCAGAUAUAAAUAUCACUAGUAUUACAAAUAACCACAAUAAUAAUAAUAAUAUUAAUAAUCAUACGCCAAAUGAUAUAAACAUGAUAGAUAUUCAGGCUUUAGACUAUUCCACAAAGGCGUUAUCAAAAAUGGAUAAGUUAUCCGAUUGA